AUGGAAUCUCCAAAUGUCCUUAAGGAAACAUUAAGAAUAUUGAGGUAUAAUUCUAUUACAUUCAUGGCAAUUGGUGCAUUACUUAUUUGCCCCGUUUCAACAAUUCAUUUAUCGAAUAUAUUAAUCGAUCAAUCACUUGUUGAAAGGGUUACUUCACAACUUCUAUUGAUUGCCAAAUCAAGUGGGCUUCCUAUAAACCCCUUUGUGAAGCAGUGUUGCCAUGAGUUUUCAGAAAUGGUGAUUUCGGGCAUAGUUUGUUUCCCUUUGUACAUCACUUUGUUAUUGAUUUCAAAAGCGGCUGUUGCCUAUUUAGUUGAAUGCACCUAUUCACGAAAAAAGUUUGAUUCAUACAAGUUCUACGUGAUCAUGAAAACUGUUUGGAGACGCGUUUUCUCAACUUAUUUGUUGAUUUGUAUGGUGAUCAUUGGUUGUAUCACUUUAUUAAUAAUGCUACUUAUUUGUGUAAGCAAUUUGUUAUUCGUAUUUGGGCUUACAUCUAAUUUAAUUGCAUACAUUGCCAUUGCAAUCGGGUUGGUUUUCUCAUUGUUCUUGGCACACACUCUUAUUGUUUGUGAUAUUUCUAUGGUGAUAUCUAUAUUGGAAGAUGUAUCCGGGCCUCAAGCAUUGUUGAGGUCUAGUGUGCUUAUUAGAGGUCAAACACAAGUUGGCUUGAUCAUAUUUCUUGGAUCAACAAUUGGGAUGGCACUUGUUAAGGGACUAUUCGAGUAUCGAAUGAAAAGUUUAGGUUACGAAGAGAAGGGUUCAAGAAUAUGGGAACGACCCGUUUUGGUGGUCAUAUAUAGCUUUCUAGUGCUUAUUGAUUUUAUGAUGAGUACGGUUUUUUACUUUAGUUGCAAGUCGUAUAGUUUAGAAGCAUCAAAUGUUGAAUGUAAACCAGUUUUAGAAAAUGUGUGUAGUCCUGUUGGUUCUUUGGACGAGGAUUGA